AUGCCAGAACGAUCAGAAGACAAUAUCAGAAGCAGACAACUGUCCCAAAAUACUAGACCUGACCAAAAGGUCAUGGCAUCGCCAAGCCAACGUUUCAAUUCCACUUUAGAUGACAACCGGCGAGUGAACUUUCGAAAGAAGCUUCUGAUUAUUAACUUGGCCCUGGGGGAUGGAGACGUGGAGUGCUUGAAGUUUCUCUGCCAAGACUACAUCACCCCCAGAAAACUGGAAACGUGCAGCAGAGCCUUGGAUAUUUUCGAGUGCCGGCUGCAGCGGGAGCUGCUGAGCGCGGAAGACCCCUUCUUCCUAGCGGAGGUCCUCUACGCCAUUCAGCACGAGGUCCUGCUGCAGCGCGUCGGCUGCACCAAGGAGCAGGUGCAGAGCUGGCUGCACGCCCGCGGCAGGGCCUCCCACUUCAGGCGGAUUCUUUACCCGCUGAGUUACCAGGGAAGCACACUUGGAGCCAAAAUGACAAAAUGA